CGUCAGUUGCCGCUCGCAUGAUUCACACGUAGAAAAAAAUAAAUCGCGUCGCGUAUUCGGCACACCUAACUGUAAAUCCGAGAGCUUGUGCUGCAUACGAAGCACAGGAGGUUUUGUAGAACACCUAAAUAUCAGGAAGCUGUUUUUGGUUAACAAAUGAAAACAAACAACACUUAUCAAAAAGUCUUGUAUGUAGAAACGCUAAAAUUGAAUUAUGUCGCAACAGUCGCUCACAAACUGUAACGGCUUCGGCUUAGUUGCUGUUAUUCUGAUUGCUUGCGGUGUCGCGCAUGCGUCCAACCACCAAAUCGAUGUCGAUGAAGAUCUCAAACACUUGAUCGGUCGCUGCCACCGUGAUCAAGCCAGUGACGGUGAUUACAACGAUUGCAUGAAACAGGUAUUCAACGAUUUGCGCGCCUAUUUCACCACAGGGGUGCCUGGUUACAACAUUAAACCCUUUGAUCCCCAUCAUGCGUCGUUUGUUGAGCUGCGCCGCGGUGAUCCACAUGGCCCGGGCAGUUUUAAACUGAUUUUACGUAACGUGUCCGAAUAUGGCUGGUCGCGAUCCGAGGUGACAAAGUUUCACAGCGACGUAGAAGAUCAGCGCAUCGUCUAUGCUCAAUACUUCCCAGAGAAGAGCCUCGAGGGCGAGUACGAAUUCGUUGCGAAGAUGUUGGGCGCUGAAAUGAAACGUAUUGGCCACUGGAACCUCACGUUAUAUGAUUACAGUCAAACGACAAGCGUGCGACGUGUUGGCGCUCCUGGAUCACUGCUUAAGGUGCAUGUGGAGGUAGAUCGCAUUGGCGGCAUGGAACUACAUAUAGGCAAUCUGCUGCAGGGCCAGCCAUUAAAUCAACUGGCUGACGGAGUUAUUAACAGCAUGUGGCAGGUGGGUUUGCCUUUCGUUAGGCCAAUGAUCAAUGAGCUGGUGAGCACGGCAUUUACGGACAUUUUCAACGAAUCCUUUCGACACUUUCCGCUGGAAAAGUUUGUAAGCCAGACAUGAGCUAGUUCAUCAAAGACUCGAUA